AUGAAAUACUACAGGAAUCGAAUAAAUGAAGCGAUUGAGGAAUUCGAUUAUUUUUCCCAUUAUGGGAAACAUAGUUCAUUAUCAGGUGCAGCAUUUUUUGUGCUUCGGGCAGCUUUCAAAGAGAAUGACGAAUUAUUCCAGAAAGCAGUAAAAAUCAUCAAUGGAAGUGUAGAAAGUCGUUUACAACAAAUCUGCAUUUUGGGUUGUGUAUUUCUCAUUGAAGAAUUUCAUAUACAGUUUGUGGACUUCCUAAGGAAACAGAACUACAGCAUAUCAACGAACGACGUUGAAUUCAUAUGUAGUCUGGUACGCAAAUGUAAAGAGCCCGCUAUUUUGGAAUCGUUCUUGAAUGCCCAUGAAUUAUUCAAGUUGACUGAUAAGUCACGAGCUCAAAUAUAUGGAAGUUUAAUCGAAAUUUAUGGAAGGGCCAACAAUUUGACUGGCUUGUUGAAAAUAUGGGAACAAAUGGUUGCAGAGAAGAAUUUGAAUAACUUCAGAGUUGUGAUACUAAAACUUGGUCACUUCUACAAAUGCAAUAAUUUUUCAGUCCCAACUGAUAUGCAGUAUUACUUGAGACAGUACAGAGAGUAAUCAGUUAAUAAAAUCAAAAAAUACAAA